CUUGACUCUGAUGGACACGUGAGUGGGACAGGGGGUGUCACUGUGGCCCCAGCCACCUCCCAGUUGCCCUGUUAACUUCAGCACAAAGCUCCCAGGCCUCCUGAAGCCACAGGCACUGCUCCUGCUCCACCAAGAGCUGGCAGAGGACAGGAAGGUGGGACUGCGAAUGUCUUUCUUUCCCUCAUGCUCCUCCACUACGGAAGUCUAAGAUCAAGGAUGUUCAUCUUCUUGGAUCUGCUGGCCAACCUGCACUCACGUGGAGACAAGAACAUGCUGAUGGAGGAGUCGGCAGAGCAGGCACAGCGGUGCAACGAGAUGCUGUGCAUGCACCACGUGCUGAGGGAGGUGCCCAGCAUCAUCAGCGACGUCAACACAACCACCAACAACAUGCCCACGGGGGCCCAUGGAUGACUCCUGGCUGCAGGUGCAGAGCAUCCCAGCUGGA